AUGAUUUUUUUGUCUAUAUAAAGCCUCUCAGUGCAGUUUUUGGCAGUCAGUACCCAGCCGUCAAAAUGAAUAAAUUCAUUGGUUUGAUCACAAUCUGUGCCGCUUUAAUUGCAGGUGGUUCUGCGCAAACGGAUCCAUCAGAUGCCUGCCAUGGUCUUGAUCCAACGCAGACCAUCUUCCUCCCGGUGGCGGGCGACUGUUCCAAGUACAUUCAGUGCUUCAACGAAGUCGGUACUCUGUUUGAGUGCUCCGAGGGUUUGUGGUGGCACCCAGAAAUCAGCGACUGCGAUUAUCCCGGAUCGUACUGCAUUGGUACUAAUGGUUCCACGACCCGUAGACCAUCUCCUGGCCCUGAUCCCAGAUGUGUGGAUGGGAAUACCGCGUACUUCCCGCACCCUGCGUAUUGCAAUAGGUACAUAGAGUGCAUGAACGGCUUCUCCUACGAGAUGGAGUGUCCAACAGGUCUCUACUGGUCAGAUAUUAAAAAAGAAUGUGUCAACGCCAACCAAUCCGAGUGUUGCAACCAUAGUUCCACCUGUUAGAAAAUUUAAUCAAAUAAAGUUGCUAUUGUGAAA